GAUCUCUGCGCGAAUGUACAGCUUAAAUUGGGCGAGCCAAUACAAAAGGUCAGCGCAAACAAAGCAAUAAACGACAACGAUGCUGAAAAUCAAGUAAACCACGAAGAAAGCGAUGAUAAUGACAAUGGUACGGAGUCUGAUUCGAGUAAACACGAAAACGAGAAUGACGAACGCUUUAUGACACCACCAAAAAUGGCGAAAACGCUGUAUUCACGGUUUGUAAUCCGAAACAAAGUUUUGAAAGACAAAUUGGAUGACACCGUCGAUCGCUUCCUCAACAAAAUAAAACUAUUCAACAAACAGCUCGAUGUUAUUGAAGAAUACAUAAAGAAUAAUAUGCAAACACGAGCACAAUUGACAAUCAAAGACAUUGAACCAAAUCGCAAAGAUUUGUCUGAAAAUAUGGAAGAAUUAUGCUUUGUAAUGGGAGACGAAGCAACUGACUAUGAAAAUAUAUUUGACGCGGCACUUAUGAGAUAUCGUCAAUUGUUAGAAGAAACAAGCAAUUAAAAAAAGGAAUCUACGUCGGGUCAACUGAAAUUGAAACCAAUUGAAAUACCAUUCUUCAAUGGGUCAAGAAAAAUGUGGCCAACGUACAGCGGCUUGUUCAAGUCAAUGGUAAUGGAGAACAAAACAUUGACAGAAUGCCAAAAAAUGCAGUAUCUAAAAACUACAGUGAAGGGUGAAGCUGCAAACUUAAUCGUAAAUAUGGGCAUCAUGGAUAAUAAGCUAGAGGCUGCAUGGAAAAUAUUAACAGAACGUUUUGAAGAUAAACGUGCGAUAAGAGAAGCUCACUUGGAAUUAUUGUUAAAAAUUCCAGACAUGCGAUUUGAAUCAUCAAAUGAGCUUAUUAAAUAAUAUGACAAAAGUAAAGAAUGCGUCGAACUACUAAAUGAAAUCUCUGCAGAGCAAAUUUUGAUGUAUUUACUAAUGAAAAAAUUACCGACAGAAACACGUAAGAUUUACGAACAGUCGCGUGAAGAUCCAGAUGAAGAUAAAAAAUUAUCAGAAUUCUUCGAAUUUCUUCAUAAAAGGUGCAAAGUAUUACAAGCAGUAGAAGUUAAUAGCAGAAGUAGUGAAAAACAAGUGAAAGAAAAAUGUCCAAAUUGCAAUGAGAAUCAUGCGAUUUUUAUGUGUGUAAAAUUUAAAGCUCUAUCAGUGAAUGAACGUCGCGAGAUAGUCAAACAAAAAUCGCCCUGUUUACUAUGCCUUAGGGGUACACCAAAACAUACGGCUCUGGAAUGCAAGUUUAAGAAAAUGUGCCCACAGUGUGAUAAGCGUCACAACGGUUUAUUACAUAUGGACAAUGAAAAAUCAGACAAACAUGAAAAAAAAUACGAGAAAUUCGCGCAUCAUUCAAAAGAUCAACAAAAAAAAUCAUAUGUGGCAACAACAGAGCACAAAUCGGUAAUUUGUGAAACAACACAUGAUGAAAAUAACAUGAACACUUUACUCGCAACAGCCUUGAUUCGGAUCAGAAUGAUGUGCGGUUGGUCCGAAACUAUACGUGUUUUAAUUGACCAAGGCUCAAUGACAUCGUUCAUUAGCGAAAAAAUAGUGAAACGAUUGAAAUUAAAUAUAAAGAAAAAUAACAUAAACAUCAGUGGCAUUGCCGGCAGUGUUGAAUCAGCGAAAGGCACGGUGGCAAUUGAAAUCGGAUCCAGAUACCCGACGUCUUUCUGCACUAAACUCACGGCAAUUGUAUUGAAAAAGCUUACUACAAUGUUACCAAACAAUGACUUUGAUAAUUCGUUCAUAGACACAGAUGAAUUAGUGAUGGCCGAUCCAAACUUCCACAAAUCAGAGAAAAUUGACAUGAUUCUUGGUGCCAAUGUUUACAGUGAAAUAAUUUUAUCCGGUAUGAUAAAAGCAAGUGAUAAAUCUUUUGUAUUACAAGAAACUGAGCUGGGGUGGAUUAUUUCAGGGCCAGUAAACAAACAAAGAAAUGAGUUCAAUGAAGCACUUUGUAUGACCUGUACUGUGAACGAAAUGGACGAAAAGCUACAGAAAUUUUGGGAAAUGGAGGAAAUUUCCGAGGAAGAAAUGCUAACUCCCGACGAGCAAAGUUGUGUUGAUUAUUUCAACAACUCAAUAAGAAGGGAUGUUGAUGGAGCUUAUAUCGCGUCGUUGCCGUUUAGAGGCGAUCCAGCCACGAUGUUGGGUGAUUCACGAAGAAUGGCAAUGGCUCGAUUAUUCCAAAUGGAGAAAAAAUUUGAAAAAGAUAAAACAUUGAAAGAAGCAUACACAGCAUAUAUUAAUGAAUCAAUUAAGAAUGGCUACAUGGUCAAAUGCGUAAAUAAUAGAAGCGAACCACACUGUUAUUUACCACACCAUCCAGUGAUGAAAGACAGUACAACAACGAAAGUACGUCCAGUUUUUGACGCGAGCAGAAAAACUUCAAACGGAGUUGCAUUGAAUGAUUUACUCAGACCAGGCCCUAAAUUACAAGAGGAUCUGUUCAAUAUUCUAAUCCGAUUCCGUACACAUGCAGUAGCGUUCACGGCAGAUAUAGAGAAAAUGUAUUUGCACGUAAAACUAGACGAACAAGAUCAGCCGUUUCACAAGAUUCUAUGGAGAGAUAGUGUGGAAAAACCUAUUGAAGACUAUCAACUCACUACGGUUACAUUCGGUGUAAAUAUCUCGCCUUUCAUAGCAGUGGCAACUGUACAGCACCAUGCAAAAAACGAAAUGGAAAAUUUUCCUGAGGCAUGCAGUAUCAUUUUGAAUGACUCGUAUAUGGACGAUGUUAGCAGCGGUUGCGACACGGUGGAAGAAGCGAUACAAAGAAGAGCAGAAAUAACGCAUGUACUACAACAAGGAGGUUUCCCACUGAAAAAAUGGGCAUCAAACUCUGAAGAACUUUUGGAGAGUAUUCCAGAAGAUGAAAUCGAGCUGAAAACAAAGGAACUCGGCGGCUAUAAGUAUGUGUCAACACUUGGUCUCAAAUGGUUCUUUGGGGUCGAUAAAAUUGGUUUUAAAAUGGACAUUGAAAGAAAUGCAUCAAAAUAUACAAAAAGAGCAAUUUUGUCUCAAAUCACUACCAUUUACGACCCAUUGGGACUAAUGUCUCCAGUGACAAUAUAUAACAAAAUUUUAAUGCAAGAAAUUUGGAAAGAACAAUGUGAUUGGGACGAAGAAGUGAGUGAACAAAUCGCGACAAAGUGGAAUGCAUUAAAAGAAGAGUUACCUUUAAUCAAAAACAUCAAACCAAAGCGUUGGCUAGAGUGUAGCAAUACAACAAAAAUAGAGUUGCAUGGAUUUUCGGAUGCAAGUGAAGCUGCGAUGGGAGCAUGUGUUUAUAUGAAAGUAUACAAGGACGGUGAAAUCUACGUAAAUCUAGUAGCGGCCAAAACAAAGGUGGCGCCAAUAAAAAAACUAACGCUACCACGGUUGGAACUUUGUGCGGCUGUUUUGGUCGCGAAAUUGAUGAACACGGUGAAAAAAUCGUUAAAAUUGAAAACAUUCGGAACACAUUUUUACUCAGACAGUGAAAUCGUGUUGGCAUGGAUAAAUGGUGACAUCAGCAGAUGGAAAACAUUUGUAGCAAACCGUGUUUCCAGAAUACUCGAAUACAGCGAAAAACAUCAAUGGCAUUAUAUCAACACAAAGGCAAACCCAGCUGACUUCGCAUCGCGCGGGUUACUACCAACACAACUAAUGAACAAUACAUUAUGGUGGCACGGUCCGUCAGUGCUUUUGAAUGAAGAAAAUUGCACCGAAAACAUUUACAAAAUUCAGCCAUAUGACACGGAUUUGGAAAAAAAGAAACCAAAAACAAAAAUAUUCUAUGCAACAAUCGAUACAGAUUAUAUUAGUAAAUAUUCAACGUUGGAUCACACAAUAAGAGUUAUUGCAUUCUGCAUGAGAUUCAUAAAAAAACUGAAAAGCAAAAGAGAGCUGAAAAAAGUGUUGUGUACAAACGACGCGCAUGAUGCAAUAAAAAAACAGGUUCUAGAAACAGAAGAAUUAUCGGAAGCUAAGAUACAUCUGAUAAAAAUAUUCCAGAACAAACAUUUUGAAAAGGAGAUACAAAAAUUGCAAGAAAAACAAUCACUUCCAAAAGAUAGCAAAAUUUUAAAAAGCAUUGAAGAAAUAGUGGAAGAAACAAUAGAAGUGAAACAAAAACGCAAAAAUGAUAUCAACGGAGACGUGAUAGAUUUAACAACCGACGAAGAAACCAGAGCAAAAACCCCAAUCAUCGAUUUAACUAAAGACGAGAACGAAACUCCAACAACAAGCCAAAUCACAGAACCAGACGGCUAUUGGACACCAGGCUACGUUUCACCUUAUUAUGGCUACACAAAUUCACCAGGCGGAGAUCGCUAUUCAACACCAGAUUACAUAGUACCAUAUCAACAGCGUGUCGGCCCCCAAGAUGUCGAUGCAUCAAAUUAA